AUGGGUAUUGAAAAUUUAAUUUCUGCAUGUCAUGAUAUUAUGAAAAGAACACAGGAAAUAAUAAAAUUAAAACAACAGGAACAACGAAUGUCUUUCAUAAAUUGUGAAUUAUGGUCAUUAAUAAGACUUGAUACUUUUAAUACAUUGACAGAUGCUGAUCGUGCUGUUUUAAAUCGUGCUCAUAUAUUUGAUCUAAUGACAAUUGUUUUUGAAGCAGCAUCAACAAGUAAAUCAAUAUCUCAACUUGUUCGUGUUUGGCGUGAAGCUUCUGAACAUAUCAAACAAAAUUCUGUAUCUACAUCUCUUAAUCAAUUUAAAAUAUCCUAUGAAAAUGCUUUUCGACAUUUAACUCAUGCACCGGAAAAUUCUAUUCUUCAAAUUACAGUUCAUGCAUCUCUAUUAAAUGGUUACAGUCGAAUGAAUUUACAAGAUUUAGGUGAAAAAUUAGGUAUUAGAAGAAGUCAAUUUGAUAUGGGUUCAAUUAGAGAUUCCACACAAAAUUUUCAAGAUUUAAUUAAAGUAUUACGUGAACAAAGAUUAAAACAAGAACGUGAACAACAAGCAGUUGACACUAAUAAAUUACCAUAUAGACCAAGAAAAAAACGUGGUCUAAAUGCGAAUGUUUCUGGUACAAAAUUUUCAGGUGUUCGUUUAGCUGCAGAUGUUUUUGGUUUUGCUAUAAGUUCUGAAACUGAUUUUACUUGUAAUCUUAUAUGGAAUGAUACAUUAAUAUCUAUGGAUAUUGUAUCGUCACUUAAACCUUAUCAAAAAAUCAAUCAUUUUCCAACGAUGAGUGAAAUUUCACGUAAAGAUUUAUUAGCCAGAAAUUUUGACAAAUUAUCACGUAUUCUACCAGAUGAAUAUAAUUAUACACCACGGACAUGGAUAUUACCAAAUGAAUAUAAUAUAUGGUAUUCAUAUGCAUCAAGUAAAUCGAAAAAAGAUCCACCUGCUUAUAUUCUUAAACCAAAUAAUGGUGCAAUGGGUCAUGGAAUUCAAGUUUGUUGUGAUUAUGAACGAAUUCAACCAAUGGAUAAUUAUAUUAUUCAAGAAUAUGUUCAAGAACCUUAUCUUCUUGAUGGUUUUAAAUUUGAUCUUCGAAUUUAUGCAUUAGUAACAUCAUGUGAUCCACUUCGUAUGUUUAUUUUUAAUAAUGGUCUUGUACGAAUGAGUACGGAAAAAUAUGAAGCACCUAGUCGAAAAAAUGCUUCUCAUCUUUAUAUGCAUUUAACAAAUUAUUCAGUAAAUAAAUAUAAUGUCGAUUACGAAGUAAGUAAAUCAAGUAAAAAUGCGGAAAAUACUGGAAGUAAACGUUCAUUAAAAUAUUUAUUUGAAUAUUUACGAACACGAAAUCAAGAUGCAACUAAACUAUGGAAAGAUAUACAAAAUAUCGUAAUAAAAACAGUAUUUCUUGCUCAACCACAUUUAUUUUCGGCUUAUCGAAUGUGUCGUCCCGGUGCCUCACCAUCAAGUGAAAGUGUUUGUUUUGAAUUACUUGGUUUUGAUAUAUUAAUUGAUAAAACAUUAAAACCAUGGGUACUUGAAGUUAAUCGUUGUCCAAGUUUUGGUACAAAUGAACAAAUUGAUUUUGAUAUAAAAAUGAAAUUAUUACUUGAUACAUUUGAAUUACUUCGUUUUCGUACAUCAGAUAGAAAAAAAAGUUUUGCAUCUGAAAAAGCUGAAGCACAACGUCGUUUAUAUACAAAUCAGGGUAAAACUAGUCGUUUAGUUGAUGAUACAACAACUUUACUUUCUACUGGAACUUAUGGAGAUCUUCGAAAUCGACAAAAAAAACUUACGGAUAUUAAAGAAAAAUUAUAUCUUCUUCAUCGUGAAACAGCUCGUGAAACAUUUGAAAAUCGUCAUUUAGGAGAUUUUAUACGUUUAUUUCCUGUUGAAGAUAGUAUUCGUAUGAAUGAAUUAAUGAGUUUAUUAACGAAAUGUUUUGAUGUAUUAUAUGUUAACAAAAAAGAUCUUUCAUGGAGUAAUAAAUAUUAUAAUCGAUAUAAAGAAGAUGAAUUAUUAGAUCAACUAGCUGAACUUGAAGAUCAGGAACAAAAUGAUAUGAAAAGAAAUUCUCGUUUAGCUUUUACAACAAAUAAUAAUCCUGUAAUAGAUCGUGCAUCUCCAUCGGCUAGUUUUGCAUCAGAAUUAAGUGAUAAUGAUGAGGAUGAAGAUAAUGAUAGCAAUGAACAUCGAUCAAAUACACCACCAACACUGUCUGAUUCAAUUAGUAAAACAUCAGCAUCAACACCUAUUGCGAAACCAAAUAAUUCUUUAAUAAAACGAUAUGCUUCACAAUCUCGUACAGAUUUUUCUUCGACAUCAAUAUCACCAUUAUUUCCACGAAAACAACGUCAAACACAAUUAAUUUCAACAAAUCUUCUUCCAUCUAAUACGAAAUCAACUGACAAAAAAUUAAGUUCAAAUUCAUCAAAUCAAAGUUCUGAUUUACCACUACGAUUAACAUCUAGAGCAGUAAAUAAUAAAUUUCAAACAAUUACAUAUACAACAAUUAUUCAAACACCAAGAAGACAAUCAAAUUUACGAUCAACAUCAAUGAAUUUACCUAAAGAAUUACAAUUAAGUGAUAGUGAAUUGACUCGUUUUUAUCAAUCAAUACUUGAACAAAUGCAUCAAUUAUGUAUUCGAUAUCCAAAUAAAACUGCUGAUGAAACACGACAAAUUUGUAAUGAAGUUAUUGAAAAUUGGAAAAAGUAUCGAACGUCAUUAGGACAAUUUUGGUUAGCAAAAUUAGAUACAAAAAAAAGACAAGCUAUUUUAAGAAUUGUUUGGAAUAAUGUACAACAAAUAAUCAAACAAAUAUGGACGAUUGAUGAAUCUGUUGAAAAUUUAUCAUUAAGUAAACAUUUUGCAAAAUUAGAACAACGUCUAUUAACAAAUAAUGGACAAUGUUUAUGGGAUAUUUGUCAAAAUAAACAGAAUUCAUGGUCUAUAUCAUUGCUUAUUAAUACACAUCGUUUAUCAACAGUUGAAUUAUCAUGUUGUACACGUUUUGUUGAAUUAUGUAAACAAGCUUUAUUUGUUGUCUAUCGUUAUUCAAUCGAUGAAAAUAAUGAAAAACAACGACAACAACAAACAGAAGGAGCAACAGUAGCAGUUGUUGGUUAA